UGACGAUAGUUCGUCCAAGUUGUGAUGUAGCGUAGCUUACGUGGGAUCUUUCGCCUUCCGAGGGAAAAACUGUCAAAAACAUGACAACUACAAAUUAUUUGGAUUUAGACAUAAAUAAAUUAUUCGAGAAGCACACCAUUAAAGAGAUUGAAGAAAUUCAGAAGAAAAUUCAACUGGAAAGUGAUAGAAAGAAAAUAGAACUACGGACAUUAGUUGGGGAAAGAUAUCGGGAUUUAAUAUUGGCUGCCGACACUAUUGGAAAAAUGAAGAUAACGUCUGAGGAAGUUACCUCAAAAAUUGCUAAUAUAGAAGAUAAAUUUAAGGAAUUGCAAAAGAAAUACCUGAUUGGUUUUAAAACUGAACCGGUGGAAGAUAAACUGGACAGGAGAGAAGAACAUAUUUUGGAUUCUAUUAUCAUCCAAAUCAAAAUUCUAAUGGAUAUUCCGCAGUAUAUCUGGACGAGUAUUGAGACCCAGAACUUGCUCUUUGCUACACAAUUAUACAUAAUAGCACAACAUAUAAAUUACAGUUUAAUGUUUGAAAUAGGCAGCACAGAGCUGUUCCGUAAAUAUCCAAUUGUUUCGAAGCAGUGGGAUAUUAUUACUCAGUUUAAGAACAUUAUAUGUAAUGAGUGUAACAAGAUAUUGCAGUCAUUAGAUGUCUCCACCAUAAACGCUGCAAACUGUUUGGCUUCGCUUGUAUUUUUAAAUGAGUCUUCUUUUGUGAAUUUAUUAGAAAAAUUAAUAUCCACAAGAAAUUGUGCUAUUAAGUCCGUCAUCAAAGAAGAGAGUCAUAGUAGUGUAAAACAUAAACUAAAACUAUGUAUAAAGAUACUUAUACAGACUGUCCAUCUGAUAUAUUCAUGCUUUAUAAAUGCGGACAAUGCACCAGGAGGUUUAGUCUUGCAAUUCAUAACAGACAUAAAAGAUCAAGAAGCAUAUUGCUUAUUGUCACAACUUGAUUUAAAUCAGGAUUUACUUAAUGAGUUCCUGCCAUCCGUUUCCAAAAAUCAUAAACCUUUUGUUCAAGAUGUACCAACAAACUUUCCUUUGUCAGUCCUUCAAGAGAAUGUUAAAUCUUGGUUGAAAUGGGUCGAUGACUUUUCUACUCGUGAAAUCACCAAAUUAUUAGAUCUAAUAGUAUCUGUUAAAGGUUUAUAUAACGUCCGAGAAGAAACGAUCAGUGUAAAUCUACCUGAAAAUUGGAACUCUAUAUGGGAAGAGCUGUCUUUACCAAGAAUAAGUUUCUGGACGGAAUUCUUCCAGCCUAUCAUAACCAAACGGGCAAAGUAUAUUAUAACGGACAAAUGGAUGGAAGCACUCGCGGAUUUAAAAUCCAAUAUAAUUGAGUUACUCGACAAGGUGGCACACGAUAAAUUUGAAUUUCCGGAGCAUGAUUUAAGAUGGUUUGUGUGGAAGGACUCCCCCACUGAUAUACCGCAGAAACUCACGAAGAAUGGUGGAUUAGAUAACAGAAGAUCCCUGUUGAUGAAAGCAAAGGGCUACUCUCCGAACGUGAUAAAAUUGUGCGAGAAUUUCGACAAGAGUUUGUAUACGUUGCUGUCCGAUUUGGAGCAUUACUUAUAUGAGACCGAGCGGGUAAUGACAAUUAAGGAUAGCCUGUUCACGGCGAAUAUAUCUUUAAUCGCAAAUUCAUUCUCCGAUCGCAAUGAAGUCCAAGAGCACUUGCAAGUCGUCAGCACCGACAAGAUCGAUGAUCUCGUGCAGUUCAUGAAGAACACGUGCGUCAACGACAAACCUGAAUAUGGUCAACGCGACAUAAAUGCCAUAGUGCUGGCGAGAUGCCUUUUUGCAUUAACUACCUUGUGCCCGAACUUGAACAAAUGUUUCACGCUGUCAAAGAUAUCUGGACUUAGCAUCACAAACGUCAAGUGGCAAGCUAUUUGUGACAAUCUGAAGGAGCAAAGUACUUGCGUAUGGUCCGUCUGGGCUGACGUGUACAAAGCAAAGAUACUCGAGCAUAAGAAAAAAUAUAUACUAAAGGAACCGAUUGACGGUCUGCGUGUUCAUUGGAUAGUCUCGGAGUGGGAAAAGGUGACUAUAGAAGAGGAAUCUGGAGAAGGAAAGCGAAUAAAGUCUGAGAUUUUAGUGCCAUAUCAACCGUCGGUUCCGUUGCAAAAGUUUUUAACAGCUAUCUGUAAAGAUUUAAAUAAGAUUGUACCGCACACGCUUCCGAAGAGGAUACUACAACAAAUUGUCGAAAACAUUGUUACGGAAUUAUUUAAUUAUUACUUUAACGUAUCCAAGAAUGUAGAUCUCAGACAGAAGCAAGCGUUUCAAGUAUUAUAUGACAUAAGGUAUUGUACGUUGCUCAUGGUGCCCCGCGAAAAUAAAGUUGUCAACGAGCUGUCGGUGAAAACUUGCGACGCAGUCCUCGCGAAAAUAGACCCGUUCGACUAUGACGUUUUCAAUCCGUUUAUCCACAUUAACGUCAGGAAAGCCGUUCAGAGGUCUUUGGUUGGUAUAUCAUCACCGAUAAUCCAUUUGAUAUUUGGAAACUUAGUGUCUCAUUUGGAGCAACUGCACUCGACUUUGGGCGCGCGCAACGAACACGCCAAUAGCGAUGGUGGUAAAGCCGAAUCACCGACAGUGCUUGCGAUUUGCACAGGUGCACCAUGGUUCCCGCCGUUGACCGUUACCGCCCCUUCGAGGAAUUUGCCGCUUAUGUCGGCGACGAUGCCCGAUAAAACACAGCGCAAGAAAGUAUCGGCGAAAGAAAACACGAGGAACGAUUCCGCUAGUGCGACAAUAAAAUCCGGCGCCGCCGCGUUUUUCGGUGCAAUGGGAUCGGAUUGGUUUGGCAGUAGUUAACUAAUUUGUUAACCGUUCCCCUCGCAUCAUGAAAUUUGUUGUAAAUAUUGUUAUAUAAUAUUAUACGCAUAUUGUGUAAAUAACAUAUCGAUAGAAGGCAACUUUUUACUAUGUUAUUACUUGUUUUAUAUCGAUCUAAUAAACGAACGAAUUCAUUAA